AUGUUCAAUUUUUUUUAAUCAAUCUGCUGCUUCUCCAAUAGGGAAAAGCCUGAUAAAGCAAAUAGACCAAUACAAAAACCAGCUUAAACUUUGUCCAUUCAACCUGUGAUUUAAGAAACAAUGACAGACUAAGUUUAAUAGAACUCCAUUAUAGAAACGGAUUAAUACUUACAAUUAGAUAAUGAUUACUACAUGGAAUAGAUGGAGUAUGGUUUUAUUUAUUAAAUAUAAGUUUUCAAUCUUCAAGUGAUCCACCUUCUACUCAAUUACCAUCUGGUUUCAUCCUUUAAGAUGAAGUCAUUAGCAAUCAACCUAUGUAAGAGGAAAAUGAUAGUAAUAUGAAAAAGGAACAAACUAACACAAAAAAAGUAUCAUUAAUCUUAUAAUAUUAUAUAGAAAAGAAUACUGAAGUUGUGGGAUGCCAAUGAAGAUGCUUAAUUACGUAUCUAGUAUGAGAAACAUAAUGGAAAGUGGAAUGAAAUUGCUAAACAUAUGCCAGGAAGAAAUGUUUCAUAAUGUUGUUAAAGAUGGAGGAGAUUACAACCAGUUAAAAUAGUAAUAAAGUUUAAUUAUUAUUAACUAGAUUAAAAGAAAGCAAUGGACUUAAAGUGAAGAUGAGAAGAUUCUUCAAUUAGUCUAACAACAUGGCAAGAAUUGGAAGUUAAUUGCUUUACGUAAAAAUUAAUUCAACUAUAGUGCCCUAGACUUUCCGGGUAUUUUGAGUAAAUAGAUAAGAGAACGAUAUAUUAAUAAAAUUGAUCCUGAUAUUAAUACAGGUCCAUGGACUGAAGCUGAAGAUGCCACCAUUAUCAGAUUGUAUUAGGAUUAUGGAGGUAAAUGGAGUCUUAUUUCAUCUCAUCUUAAGGGCAGACCUGUAUAUAUAUUAUACUUAAACCUAUUAGGAAAAUAUGGUAAAAAACAGAUUCUAUUGUUACAUCAGAAGAGUUCACCUAGGAGUCUAAAACCCAUAUUAAAUUGUAUAUUAAGAAAAUUCAGAUAGUGAACUCAGUUCAAAUGAUGAUAUGGAAUUUGAAUGA